AUGAACACAGGCAACGGCUCGUACAAAGUAUCUUCGCAAUCACGGUCGAAAUUGAAUGCUUUUCGGUACAAUAAACAAAAUGGACCAACUCCUGACAAGCCUCCUCAGAAGACUAGCUUAGCACCUGGCCAUGCGAACAAGGAGAACCAGACGUCUUGGUUGAAUGGAGUGAUGGAACCCGGGAAAUCGAAUGAGAAUAAUCAAAAUCAAACGGCGGAGGUAGCAGAACCAAAGGCACCGAGAGAAUGCCCUCACACUCCAGGAAAUAGGAUCCCUCUAGCGGACCUUAUCAACAAUGCAGAGGAUGCUUUCAUCUAUGCUCCUAUGCCGGAAUUUACCCCAGAAGAUUACGUUGUUUGGCAGCAUGUGCCCGCAAGCUCAAAUCCUGAUAGAAUGUCCCAGACGCCUGCACAUGGUAAAAAGCGCCGCCACAGCUCAUCCCCGACUAGCUCUCCCCUGGCAGGGACUUCGAAGAGCAGGCGUAAAGGAUCUCUUGACUUGCAGAAUUCUCAGACACUCCAGAAGACUCCGCAGCAUGACCUCGCCGCCGACCUGUGGAACAGCUAUGUGAGCAAGACCCUUGCCAACGGCAAUGGUGAGAUACUUCGACCGCGCUUCACAAAUCUCCUCUCUUCUUCCCCGCAAACGCCAGCGUCAGUGCGCACCAGCCGAGACUCUUCAGGUCUCAGACGAUCAAACAGCUGUAUGGCAGAAUGGCCCAGUUCAAAAGCCAAGCGAAGAAGGAUCGACAAGGAAAACUUUGGUACGGGACGAAGCAUAUUCUCAAGGACAAGGAGCAAUGUUGUCAACUCGGGAAACUAUCAAGGCCCCAAGAUCAGUUCUCUCGUGGAGGAAAUCGAGAAGACGUUGAAAAAGGCACCCGUGCCGCUACCGGACACAACUGACUCGUCUCCUAUACCAGCACGCAACCAAGGCCGGCGUAGUAGGUCAAAAUCCCCGACAGAGGAUAGAAAGAGCCAAGCUCAAGCCUCGAAGAAAACCAGCCAAGUGCAAGAGCCCAGAAUCAUUCAUGCUGCCCCUGAAGACAGGAAACCGUUGGAAGAGUCCUCAUCGGAUUACGGGGACGAUGAAUUUGACCAGGACUUCUUCGAUCUCGCCGAAGCCUCAAUGGAUCCAUUUGUGGAUGCCGGUUCCUCUCACCUUAAAGACAAAGCUCUGAGUGAUGGACUUGCGAAAAAUGAGGCUUCGACAGAGGCCUGCGCCUCAACUAAGGAAUGGAGAGAGACUGAUGCAGUGACUAUGAAAACUAAUGUGGAUAAACCGACUAAUGAUGUUGAUACCCUUGAUGCUGAUGAAUUUGACGAUGAUUUUGAUGGUCUAUCGGACGGUAUGGAGGAUCUUCUCGCUCAAUGCGAGAAGUCGCAGAGCACGGAUAUGGCAAAGCCUGUUUCUACGGGGUCAGCAGCUUCUAGACAACCAAUUCCCGGAGCAAAAUCUGGGUAUUAUCCUAGCGCGAUGUCCGAAGCGUCCAUUCAGAAGAAAGGAGAACAGGAUGCAUCUUUUGGUGAUGAAUUUGACGACGAUGGCUUGGAUAUAGAGGCCAUCGAACGAUCCAUGGUGCAUUCAGGAGCAGGUGCAUCAAACGAUAACGUUAGAAGCCGACAAGCCAUCAAGCGUUACUUGAUUGUUGAUAUUGCCGAGUCUGCGUAUAAAACCCUCAAAGGGCGCGUUCAGCCAGAACAGGUGCUUUCUGUACAAGAUGAGAGGACGAAGGAAAAGAAAGUCGUCAUCCUUCGAGAGUCCUGGUGCGAGUGCCCAUGCGUCAAGGAGUCAUACAUUCACUUAAUCGGAGAUUUCGAUGCCACAGGACAUUGCAUCGUGGAUGAUUCUAGGAACAUGGUUAUACUCCAUCCGGACCACCUGGUCUCUGCAACUGUCGUAGCAGACUCAAUUAGUUGCCAGCGCCGCGCCGUCUUGCAGGAUCGUAUCAAAUACACGUCCGAUCUAGGAAAAGCGCAAGUCUUUGGGAACAUUUUUCAUGAGGUGUUUCAAGAAGCAAUCAAGCUCAACAAAUGGGAUACGAACUCGCUAAGGACUCUGAUUGAAGGCGUUACUGUCAAGCGCAUUGAGGAUCUAUACUUGAUCCGCAUGACUAUUCCGGAGGCUGUUGAAUAUAUCAUGAGUCGAAUACCGGGUGUGCAAGCCUGGGCAGAGCGGUUCCUCAGGGUAAAGCCAAGUGCAGAAUCAUUGGUUGAGGAUCGUGGCAGCUCCAAGAUGAGUUUAAGUAUCAAUAAGCUUCUUGAAGUCGAGGAGCAUAUUUGGUCUCCAAUGUACGGACUCAAAGGAAACGUUGAUGCCACUGUGCAAGUCGCUUGUCAUGACGGCGAAAGCGAUAAAAACCUGAUCAUACCACUUGAGCUCAAGACAGGCAAUAGGGAUACAAAUCAGGCCCACAGGGCACAGACAGCCCUGUAUACUUUGCUGCUUUCUGAUCGCUACGAUGUGGAGUGUACGUUUGGAUUGUUAUAUUACCUCGAAACAACGAAAAUAUUCCGCAUUCGUGGUAUCCGGCAUGAGCUCCUACAGAUGAUCCAGCAGCGGAAUCGCAUAGUCGGAUAUAUGCGCCAGAGAACGCACCUGCCACCGAUGGCCAAAAGGUCCUCAUUUUGCAACAAGUGCUACUCAAAGACACCUUGUUUUAUCUACCAUAAGCUUGCAGAUGAUGGUGACGGUGAAACUAGCGGUCUUGGGGAUGACUUUGUCAACGCUAUGGACCACCUGACUUCUGAUGAUCGCGACUUCUUUCGUAAAUGGGAUGAUUUGUUGACCAAGGAGGAAAAGAACAUGAUCCGAUUCAAACGCGAGCUUUGGACCAUGCUUAGUAGCGAGCGCGAGGCUCUGGGCCGAUGCUUUGGCAAUGUCGUCAUCGACCCUAGUUCCUCCUACGAGGAUAAAGAUGGGCCCAAGAUCAACCGCUAUCGCUAUACCUUCGUCAAAAAGCAACCACAUUCAUCAUUUUCGUUUACCGAAUCCCAACUCACACUUGGAGAACCUAUCGUGGUUUCUGAUGAGAAGGGCCACUUUGCUCUUGCAAACGGAUACGUUGUGCAAGUCAGCCGAAGACACAUCACCGUCGCGGUAGACAGGCGGCUACAUAACGCCAGAACGAGAGCUAGAGGAUUUGAUGCGGAGCGUAACCAGUCAUUCAGGGGUAUAAUGGAGAUACUCGAGGACGGUGCCUCCCCGUCACCGGCUGAGUCGGACGAAGAGCCGGUCUACCGUUUAGACAAGGACGAAUUCAGCAACGGCAUGGCAAUUGUCCGAACGAACCUGGUUUCCAUGAUGGAACGGGAUCUAUUUCAGGCUAGACAACUGAGGCGGCUGAUUGUUCAACGGGAGGCACCCGCUUUCAAGACCACGGCAUCUGCAUAUACCUUGUCUGAAUUCGACAAGGCAGCCUUGAAUGUCGAUCAGAGACAAGCCAUUGACAAGGUCAUGAGGGCUGAAGAUUAUGCCUUGGUCCUUGGAAUGCCUGGUACUGGCAAGACCACCACCAUUGCUCAUAUCAUUCGUGCCUUGGUGGCACAGGGAAAGAGCGUCCUGUUGACUUCAUACACCCACACAGCGGUUGAUAACAUCCUACUGAAAAUCAAGGAUGACAACUUCCGUAUCUUGCGAAUUGGGGCUCCUGCAAAAGUACAUCCUGAUGUUCAGCAGUUUGCAGACUUGGCAGCGGUGCCUAAAACCACAAUGGAAGAGCUGAAAGCCUCCUAUGAAGAUUCGCAAGUGGUGGCGACUACCUGCCUCGGGGUCAGCCAUGGUAUCUUUUCCCAACGCAUGUUCGACUAUUGUAUUGUUGAUGAGGCUUCCCAAAUCACGCUUCCCGUAUGUCUAGGGCCUAUUCGAAUGGCUAGGACAUUUAUCCUUGUUGGUGACCACUAUCAACUGCCUCCGCUGGUGCAGAACAAGGAGGCCCAAGAAGGUGGCUUGGAUGUCAGUCUUUUCAAAUUGCUGUCUGACUCACACCCCGAAUCUGUUGUCAAUCUGGAACACCAGUAUCGAAUGUGUGAGGACAUUAUGCUUCUAUCUAAUACUCUCAUCUAUUCUGGUCGUCUCAAAUGUGGGACUGCAGAUGUUGCAGUGCGUUCGCUCAAUAUCCCCAAUAUUGGCGGUCUCAAGCAACAUCAUCCCAGCACCUUCCCCCAACCUCAUAGUCAGCGACAGGUUUGCUUGGGUACAAGCCAGGGUCGUUGCUGGCUCAAAGAUCUGGUCGAACCGUCUGCCAAAACUCGACUUGUUAACACGGAUACGCUUUCCAUACCUGCAUUGGAUGUAGCAAACGGUUCACGGAUUGUGAACCCUACUGAAGCAACCAUUUGCAGCCGACUCGUUGAAGCAUUCAUUUCCAGCGGCAUUCCGGCACGCAGCAUAGGUGUCAUAGCGCUCUACCGAAGCCAACUCUCGCUCUUAAAACAGAACCUCAGCCGUUACCUACCGGAUCUUGAGAUGCACACAGCAGACAAGUUCCAGGGCCGAGACAAAGAGGUUAUCAUCCUUAGUUGCGUGCGGAGCAACGCUGACAAGAACGUUGGUGACCUUCUCCGUGACUGGAGACGCGUCAAUGUCGCAUUCACCAGAGCACGGACCAAGCUUCUCGUUGUCGGAAGUAAGAGUACUCUACGCGAUGGAAACGAGCUCCUAGGAAAAUACGUGAAAUUAGUCCAAGAGCGAGGAUGGAUUUAUGACUUGCCUAGAGAUGCCAUGACGGAUCAUAUUUUCGAAUCCGAAAUGGUUCUAUCGCAAUCCUGUCCGGACAAAUCUACACCUAGUCCAAAGAAGAGCAAGAGCCCCGUGUCGGCCAGGAAGACGACUCGCAGUCCUUCUGGUCCUGUGCAGUCUCGACUAUCGCCGACUGGCUUGAAGAAACCUGCUAAAAGGGGCGCUAAGUUGAUGAGCGGUGGUAGAGUACUUGGCAAUCGACCUGUUCUGCAGGACAUGGUCAAUGAUCUUAUCGGAUAA